AUGGCUGAUUUACGGGGAUACGUGUGUCUUGUAACGGGAGCUACUCGAGGAAUAGGUAAAGGUGUUGCAGUCACCCUCGGGAAGUGCGGAGCAACAGUGUAUAUAACUGGACGAACACAAAACCCGUGCAAUGUCAGUGUUGGAGGUAGUCUUCAGGAAACUACGGAUGUGAUAAAUAAGUAUGGCGGAAAAGCUAUUCCUGUUGCUGUAGAUCAUUCAGAUGAUCGUCAAGUCGAAGACUUAUUCGGUCAAAUCAAUCGGGAACAAAAUGGACGUUUGGACAUCUUAGUUAAUAAUGUUUAUAGUGCUGUUUCAUUUUUAAGUGAAAAUGCUGGGAUACCAUUUUACGAUAUCAAAAGUGUAUCACCAGGAGAAGCUUGGGAUAUUGUCAAUAACACUGGUCUGAGAAAUCAUUACAUUUGUUCUGUUCUGGCCACUCGAAUGAUGAUUGAAUAUCAGAAAACACAGUCACGGGUUCAUCUUAUCCUGGUUUAA